UCCAGGUCCCUGUCAGCCCUCACACCAUCCCCCAGCCUGUAGCCCGGGGAGUGGCUGAGCGGGGGAUGGAGGUGAUGUUCUCGACGCCUAAGAAGUGGAUCCGUUCGGGUUGUUCAGGGGCGCUGGGGUACGUGGACAUCCAGACCCUGGCUGAGGGGACGGGUCGCUACGACCUCAACGACACUGACGUGGCCUGGCUGGAGCUCAUCAACCAGCAGUUCACUCUGAUGGGCAUGGUGCUGCUGGAUGAGAUGACCAUGGAGAGAGUGAUGGAGGAGUUUGAGAGGCGUUGCUAUGACAGAAUGAGCCAUGCCAUGGCAACGGAGGAGGGGCUUGGCAUGGAGUACGACGAGGAUGUUGUGUGUGACAUCUGUCGGUCACCUGACAGCGAGGACAACAACGAGAUGGUUUUCUGUGACAAGUGCAACAUCUGUGUUCACCAG